UAGCCAACCGACUAAAGUAAAAAUAUCCACAAAAAUACUCCAACUCCCCAUAAACCUAAACAAGAAAUCCCAAAAAACAAAGUUCCAUAUCAAACCCCUAAUGUGUUUGUAUGUAUGUGUGUGUUUUAUAUGUGAAAACUAGAAGAAAACGAAACCAAAAACAAAAGUACUCGCCGAAUUUGUAUUAAGCUUUGGUACGACUCCAACCUCGGCACCAUCAGCGCUAACUAACAACAACGUAACCGCAACAGCCGCCAAAGGAUAACUUGAUAAGACACACAAUCGAUCUCAUACCAGUUGGCACCUCUAUCGGCGCUUUUAAAUUUCCUUUGCGUUUCUUUUAACCGCUUCUUGUUUAUUUUAUCGCCUAAAAACGAAAAACGAAAGACGAAAAUUUGUCUACGUCACCAACCAGCGCUGCUGUCGCUGUCGCCGUCUUCGUCCGCCUCGCCACCAUCACCGCUGACACCAACAACUAUGCGCCAUGCCAAAACUGCGGCAAUACAGGUCCGUAGAUCAGCCCUCCGUGUCGACCAACAUACGCAAAAAGAAUAUGACAGCGGUAUGCUUUGUCUGCAAUCUGCCGAUUUUGUCACAUCAGGUGGGCCUGGUGUGGACGGGCGGAAAUGGCUGGGACGAUUUGGUCAGAGAGCAGCUGGAGGAAUCGACAGUACGUCAACGCUUGGGUGGUCGCCGCGAUUCCGCUGCACAGAUAAACUCGCCUCCUAGUACAUCACCGCCAUCAGGACUGCAGCGUCGUCGUCGCAGUUCACUCGCUCAACUCACCGAUAUCCUGCGCGAAUGGAGCGGCGGUGGUGCCAAACAACAAUCUCAAGCCCAACGUCAAAAAGCGCAACUCAAUCGUCGCGAAACCUUAGCUGACCUAGCGCGCAGCUUGCCAUGGCGCACCUCCACCACCGAUGCGUCAACUGGCGCUGGCUCGACCACAACCUACAUUAUGCCACGCAAGCGCCGCGAGUCCAGUGCCGAUUCGGGUAUACGCAGCAUGCGUUCACGUCGUGACUCGAACACCGCAGAGUUUGUGAAGCAUUGGAAUAGGCGUGAGAGUACUGCCGGCGAGGAGUCAAAUGUGGCGGUGUCGGUUGUGGUCGAAGGUUCAGGACGUAUUAGUUCGCGUCGCGGUUCGGGUGAAAGUUAUCUCUCGAGCCGUCGCGACAGCAACAUUGGCCGUGCCCCCACUCCACCUCCGCCACCCAAGAUCAGCGGCGCGGCAGCCAAGAAACGUGAUUCAUUAGCCGCUCCCGAUUUUCCCACUUUCCGGCAAGAACAACGUCCCUCUACCAGUUCUUCUGGCUUUGACUCUGUACCGCUAAUUUCUACUACCACCUCCAAUCAGGUUGAUUCGGCUUGUCAAGCGUUGCCGCCGCCUACCAUUAUCACCAGUUCGGUCACCCCACCGGCCACUAGUCCCACUGCACCGUUAAAGGGACGCCGCGACUCGACAACUCAAUGUGGUCGUGUCAAUCGACGUGAUUCUAAAGCAGGCAUAUCACCAGAACGUGCACCUCGACUACAACGCCUUCAACGGCAAGCAACCGCAUUCGAUGAGAGCUGUUUGCCUGGCGGUGGUCGACGUGAUUCACAGCCGGCACUUAGCCCCGAUCCGGUGGAGGACUGCGAGCGACGUACAUCUCGUCGUGAUUCACUUAGCCCGGAUAGCGCAUCACGUGGCGGACGACGUGACUCGCGUGCUCAUCUUUCACCCGAUCGCAGUCACGAUCGUGAUGGCAGUCCACGCCGACAGACACUGCGCCGGCAGAGUUCGUCUGCUGCACGCAGCUCACGUUCACCCGAUUCAAACAGCUGUUCCUCUUCUCGCGAUCCGAGCCCAGGCUCACGACCACCAAAUUUGCCAUCGGGGGAGCCCAGUUCACGACCUGCGAUUAGGAGGCAAUCUACGACCGAAGAGAUCUUUAUAGCACGUGGUUUUCGUCGACAGUCCACCACCGAAGAGAUGAUACGUUGUAGGAAUUUUCGGCGGCAGAGCUCGCAAAGCGACGAUGUGUAUCGCUAUCGCGGGCGACGUGAUUCAAGCGCACAAAUCACUGAUGGCACCAUCGGCAGCAUGACGGUGGAAACCACCAGUACGUUGUUCGAUUCGGGCACACAAACCGAACCCUCGCCACUUUACGACAACAAUCUCUAUCACGAGGAAUGCCUGCGUUGCAAUUCGUGUGGCAUAAAUUUGACAGGUCCAAAUCAGAAACGAGCCAGACGGUUCAAGAACCAAAUUCUCUGCGACCUGCACUUCGCAGACGUUUCCCUAAUGGAGACCUCCGAUUUUAUGCAACAGCUGAGAAGCUUCAAGCCACAAUCACUGGGUUGCGCUGUUGCGAGGCGAAAAAGUUCAACAACGUUAAUUUUCCCUCUGCCGCCGCAGGCAUGUUCAGAUGAAAUUUGCGAGGAGUAUCCACACAGCCUCAUGCCCACGCCUGGCUAUUGGAUCGAAUGUUCACGUCAAAAGAUCAGUGGGCACCUGCAACAUACCAUUUGGGAUGAGAGCGAUUCGGAGCACGAAGAUGUGCGAGCGGGCAGCUCCAGCGAUGCGUAUCUCGAGCGCGAAUGUAGCGAUCUCUACGAGGAUGAUGAGGACUCGGAAGCAACACCAAGUCCUAGGAAAAAGACAACAAUCGAAGAGCAAUGGGAUCAAAACGGCGCAUUCGAACUCAUCUCCGUCGAACAGGAGACGUACGAAAAAUAUUUUUACAGCACCGAGCAUUGGAAUUAUUUUACGAGCGAUGAUGACCUCGGACCGGUCAUACUCUCUAUCAAACAGGAAACAUUGAAAGGGCGCGAUCAAUUUCGAAUAUUGGUGCGCGCCGGCUCGUAUACGGUGCACGGACUGAUACCGGCCUCGUGCGUAUUCGCCGAUAGAUAUAACCGGGAAGAAGUAGUUAGAUCGUUAGGUAAAGAAGUAAAUUUAAAUCCACCAUUAACAUUAGGACAACUACCCGACACGCCCGAAGAGCUACUCAAAUUAGAUCAGGUUUUUAUAAAAUCCGAGCUGAAGGUUGGUGUCAUCUAUGUUAAAGAAGAUCAAUACUCGGAAGAGCAAAUUUUAGACAAUAACGAAAAUUCGAUACUCUUCGAUGAAUUUCUAACGCUACUCGGCGAUCGUGUGCGUUUACGUGGUUUCGACAAAUACAAAGGUGGCCUUGAUGCGGUGCAUGAUUUGACUGGUCUCUAUUCGGUUUACACCAAUUGGCGUAACAUUGAGAUUAUGUUCCAUGUAUCCACGCUCUUACCCUACGAGAAGCAUGACCCGCAAAAGUUGCAACGCAAACGUCAUAUCGGCAACGAUAUCGUCUGUGUUGUAUUUCUGGAAGCGGACAAUACGCGCUUUAGUCCUGCCUGCAUUAAAUCUCAUUUCCUGCACACAUUUAUACUGGUGCGCGUCUCGGCUCGCAUUAAGCACAAACCCACUCGUUAUGAGGUUUCGGUGGUGACACGCGACGAAGUCGGCGCCUAUAAACCCUACCUCUGGGAACAGUCCGUGUUCGAAAAGGGUCCAAUGUUUCGUGAAUGGCUACUCACGAAAAUCGUCAACGGUGAGCGUGCCUCAUAUUCGGCGCCUAAAUUUGCACGCAUGCAAGAGCGUACACGCUCGCAAAUGCUCGAGGAUUUGGUGAUGAAUUUGUCGAAUCAUGCUGAGACUGGCCAGAUACCGAAACCGUACCGUAGGGGCUCGUGGCGACCCAUCGGUCACAUGCGCCCCUCAUCGCCGCUGCUCGACUCGGUGCGCGAUCAAUUCGAGGACUACGAUCAGUUGGCGAAAGAUUUCACGCGUGUGUUCCUAAACGAAGAACCGUCGUGCCUGCAAAAUGCGCAUCUAUUCGAUGUGGUCUUCCUGGUGGGGCAAUCGAAGCAGAAAGCGCGAUUCAUAGGCGUGCGCGCGAUAUUGGGUGUGCGCAGUCGCGUCUUUCAGGAAAUGCUCUAUGGCAUACAGACUGGCUUCGGUUCACCGCAAAUUCCUGUCGCCGAAAUUUUUGCACGUCCAGCACCAUCAUUGGUUUCACCACAGAACCAAAAGCCGAAAAGCAACAACUAUCUCACAGUGCCCGACUCCGAUUCGAUAAGGCCGAAGAGUGUGCCAUCAUCGCCAAUGGUGAAGCGCGCCUUCAGCCGUUUGGGCACCAUAACCGCCGGCUGGGGUCGUUCGAUACGGAAUAAGAAUACGAAUCAACUGAAUCCGGAGGAUAAAAAGAAAUGGAUUUCUUCAACGGAUUGUUCCAAUCGAGACAGCAAAGACAAGGACAAGGAUAAGUCCGCCAACAAUCAGUUGGCUGUGCCGCGACUUUCCGUGUGCGCUGACGCUCAAAAAGUGGAUCGCGCGAAAAUGGCGCAGACCGAAUUCAAUAUUAUCGAAUUCGAUCCUGACACCUUCCGCGUGCUGUUGGAUUAUCUACAUACCGGCACUUGUCCGCUAACGUGCGUGUCCAUACCAGGUCUGCUGUGUGCUGCGGAGCACUACGAUCUACCCGAGCUGUUGCAGGCUUGCUUCCAUCAUUGCAAACAGUUUCUGCGUAUCGAGGUUGUCUGCCCGAUGCUGAUUUCGCUGGAGAACUACUACUGGCGCUACACGUCCGCCUCCGAGCUAGUUAACAUGAUACUCUCCUUUAUCGAGAACAAAGUGCAUGUGCUUUUCAAAAGUCCUGAUUACCUUACCCUCUCCGAGUCGAUAGUGCAGAUGAUUAUGAAUCGCGAAUUGCAAAUGCCCGAGAUACGCAAAUUCGAGGCGAUGCUUAUGUGGGCAAAACACAAGGUCUCGAAAUCAAAGAAUCAUCCAAAUAAGGAUACACAAUUUGAAUUUGAAUGUAUUAUGGAACGAUUAACACGUGAUUUGAAUCUAUGUCGCAUAUCGCCCAGUGAGCUGCUGACGGUGGUAUUGCCUUCGAAGGCACUAAAGAAUGAACGUAUUAUGGAGACGCUCAUGAUGCAAGUGAACCUGGGCACGUACCGAAUGCAGGAGCUGGACGAGUACCGACAGCAGUUGCGCAGCCAAGAAUCAGCAGAGGCGACGGUACAAGUGCAUCGGGGUGGAUGAGAUAGUAAGAAUGUU